AAAAAAAGUGUAAUUUGUAUAGUUAGCUCGGAUUGAAUUGUAUUUUAAAUGUCUUCAGGCUUGUUCAUUUUAUUACUACAUAACAUCUGUUCAAUGUCUACGAAGGAUGCAUAUUGUUCGUAGAGAGUUCUUCAUAAAUAUAAGGUUUGUUUCUAAAUUGCCAAGAGAGUAACAUUUUUUUAAGCAAAGAAACAGGACCAGAAAACAAGAAACAUUUCCUUGGUGGUAAAACAGUCAGCUAAGUUGCAUAUUCACUGCAACAGAGAAUAAGCUGGUUGUGGCUGAGUGGGAGAGGGAUGGGAGUGUUGUUAAAUUACCUUUCUAUCAUUCUGUAUUUUUGUCAACAUUAGAAACCCUUCUAGGUGAUUUGCAAAAAUUGCAAAUCAUCAGUUGCUUAAUGGAUGUGUGUGUACUGAGGAAAGAGAAAGUGGUAGAAGGUGUCAUCCUAUAUACCAUUUUCGCUAAAUUUAAAAUGAAAAUUUCUGAGAACUACUGCUGGAGCCAGUGAACGACCUUCUUGUUGUAAGGAUGCAUAAAACCUGCAGUGUUUUUGGAUGUCAAAGUACUCCAGAGAAAGUUUGCGCAGGCUAAAGCCAAUGAGAAAUGUGGAGUUAAGGGGUGAGCUGUUCCAGGUGGUUAAAAGAUGCUUGCCUUUUAAAUCCUUGGUUGGUCAGUUGACAAGAUUUUAACUUUACAAUAAAAAAAUCAACUGUCUAACAACUAUAUGUAAGCCUACUGUAGCUAGCAUCAUCUGUUCUAUAUUAAAGUCUAGUGAAAGGAAUUGUGAAACACCAAGAAUUUCCCCCCUCAAAGUCUGAAGACUUUAUCAAUAGUUGCGAUUGUGAAUUUUGCAGUACAGUGCGAGAAAAUUCCUAUUUUCUGAAUUGUGUAUUCCUUAUGGUACUUUAGCUUGCAUUUGUGUGAUAUUUUAUACUCUACAAGCUUAAAAACAUCUCUUUCGAAGGCUGUUCAAUUGUUUCUCAUAUUUUAGACCUCCAGCUAAAACACAAGUAGAGCAGCAGUGGCAUUAAACAAGGAACCAAAAAUCUAAAAAUAUCUUUCAUGGUUCAGUGAACACUGAGUUACAUUGCUCUCAGGACAGUGAUAAAAUUUGAUGUUUACAACCCUUGGCCCAGAUCAUGGGUAACAACCAGGGACAAUUGAAGUCAUCAAGAUUUGAAGCUGCUCUGCACAUGUCCAUUGAGCAGUCGCUGCGCUCCAACAAUGCAACACCCCAACCAGUAUUCUCGCAGCUAUAUCUAGAAAAAGAUGUAAAACCAAAAGUUCGCGAGUUAAAUGUGAGACCAAGUAACGAUGGCCGUCAGGAAAGAGACAGGGCCUCGAUUAGCCCAAGAGCAAUACAAGAUGUACGUACCCAUCCCGAGCACAGGUCGAGAUCAUCUGAACCAAGUACACCUGUGUCAACCUCGCCCAGGCUUCCACAUCCAUCGCAGAUACGCCAUCCGGUUCCCUCUAAGGUUCAUGCACCGGUAGUCAUCCCUUCCCACCGCAUUCCUCCACACCCUUCUGUUACUCACCAACCUCUUCCUCCUGCUCCUUUGGUUAUGAGUAGGGCAGGCCCACCUCAGAUCAUUCCAAGACAUAAUCCAGCAGAUCAUGUACCAACUCCAUCCUCAAUGGCUGGCAUGAUACCGAAACAGAUGUCACCCAGACCUCCAGCGGAUGAGCUUGUUCAGUAUAGGAGGGAGUACAUAGAUGGAUCGGGUAUGCUAUAUAACAGCCUUACAAUGCAUGGUUGUCAAGAAGUUGGGUUCUGUCAGGCUGGUGCAGAUAUUCGCCUAACAGAGCUGACAGAAAAAUCUAUUGAUCUUCCGAAAGGUUUCAUUCUGGUUGGGACUAAGUCACCAUACUUACCUGAGAAUAUCGUGGUAGCUGCUGUUGAUGCUAGGUUCUUGCCUGAUCCUAACACAAAUCUAGCUCUACUGGGGUUCAGUGGUAACUGUGUCGGUUGUGGUGAGAAAGGAUUUCGCUAUUUCACAGAAUUCUCUCACCAUAUUAACCUGAAGUUGACAACACAAGCUAAAAAACAGAAACACCUGAAGUAUUACAUAGUGAAGAACAAACAAGGACAGUUAGUACGAGGCCCAAAUAUACCAUGGAAAGAAUGUCGGAAGAGGAGUUAUUCUUCAUCAGGUAUGGGAUAUAUCAGUAGCUCACCUAAUGUCACCAUCGGUAACCAAACGUCAGUUAUUGUUUCAAGAUCAUUAGCCAGCCAAUCAUCAGCCAUUAGCUACCGCAGCAGUCACUACCCCAGGUCGUCACCCUCGACAACCAUUAACCAUUAUGCCAUCGGAUUGAAGUGCGAGAGUAACUCCCCGAUGGGCCAAUUGUGUCAGGAGAAACGAGGCGCAUCGCCAAGUGAAACAGGUUCGGCGCAACAGCCUUUGAAGAAAAGACAUCGAUUUCAUAAUAUGGAUGGAGACCGCCCUCAUGUUAUUCGACCAGAGCCAAUUUCACCUAAACACCUAGCAUCACACAGUUUGCAUCCACCAAACUUUGUCCCUCCCCCCGUUACCAGUAGUAUGCAGGACACAUGUUUCGUACCGCCAGGCUUAGCCGAAGCCUGUGGUGGUCGUGUGAUCAUUCUCACGUGCAGCGGGCCGACACCGCUUUUCCAUGGUAACGUAAUGGACAUCAUGCUGAGCCCGAUCUUUAGAGAUUGUCUGAAGACUUCGCAGCAGAUCCCACACAGUGUGGUAGAGAGUCUUGGAUUAAUAGGGAUGCAGAACAUGAAUCUUGAAACUAUGGUUCUCGUCAUGGUUCAGUACCUCGUACAAUUAGGUGAAGAAGCACCAAGUUGCGAGGAGUUUGAACUUGCACUGCUGAGGGCCAGGCAGGAAACAGUUAUCAAGGACCUAAAUAACCAGCAUAAUAUGCCACAAUUCACCACGGUUGCACCUCUGCAAUUACCGUUGCUUGCUAAACUUGCCGUCACAGGAUCUAGUGGUAGAGUCAGCGUUCAUGUUGCUCAAACAGGAAUAGCUGAUGGUCUUGCAGAGACUUUGAAAUUACUACAGAAACCUUCACAAACAGCACAACGCCCUCUAUACACCCUAAUUAUACAUGUUUCCAGAAUGAGAGGAACAGAAUUCUGUAUUGUUGUAUCAGGUUCCAAACAAACAAGGUCAUUGACGGAAGCACGUUUGACGGUAGCUGAGACUUUCAAAGAGAUUAGCUAUGAAAUAAUCACGGGCAAAAUACAACUUCUGACCAAUCACUUCAAGAAGAAUAACAUAGCAUCAGAAGAUUUGGACGUUCUUCUUGAGAAGUUUUCUGCGAGGCAAGACAAAGUACUGCUACCAUUCAACGGUGACAAACUUUGUAGGAUUGAUCCUUCAUCUGUUACUACAAUGAAAAGCUCCAUCAGUAAAGACUGUGUUCAAGAGACAGAGCUUCUGACACCAGUCCAGAUUGCUGUUGCAAUGAGAAUCCUGUCCCAAGUGUGUGCAAUAGCCGACUCGGACCAUUUGGCUCUGGAUCUUGGUCGCUUUACUCAAGUUGAGCUUCAUGUUAUUCUACCAGCUUCAAAUGUGCUUUACCAUCAAGUCAUAAGAAACUUGGUUCAAUCAAACUUGUUGUCUGAUCUUGAGCUUGCCAAUGACGUGACUGCUAAAGUAGCAGAGAAGUUUGUCAUAAAGUGUGAUGCCACGGCUGGAAUGAAAGAACGAUUUGAAACGCUACUAAAAAAUGUUAAAGAAUCACCAUAUACACUGUUUGUGGUCGUGCACGAACAAGCACAUCAGUAUACACACAGGGCUCAGCAUGGGUCAAAUACAACCGGUUCAAACAGCUUUCUCCACCGUAAAGAAAUGAUGGAUGCUCAGAAUGUGUUGAUGUUGCUGGUCAGCCAUACACCAUACAACCUACAGACGCAGCGAUCGCUCAUCAGUCCGCAAAACGAAAUCUGUAUGCCCACGUCAAUGGUACAGCCUGGUGUAGAACCAGAACAAAUAUACUUUGGCUUGGAGCAACUGAAAGCCACUUUGGAGUGGAGUAAUGAAACUCCUCAUUUACAGACAGACGAAUGCUUUGAAACAAUAGCUACUGAGCUGUGUAGGAGAUAUCCCAAGUUACACAGUAGUGUGGUACGGACAUACCUUCUAGUCCGGCAAUAUUCUGCUGCCUUGAUGUCCCUGUCGGGAAUUCCAAGCCUAAGCACCUGCUCAACGGCUACAACGCUGAAAAUGGUGCAAGAUGUGGUCACAGAGCCCAUGAGCAGCACUUGCGGAUUGGGACCUUCUAUCAUACUCCGUGUUCAGUCGCCGCAGCUUGCUAUUUUGGCGCAUGAUAAAUUGCGCACAGUUCGUGACAAGAUGGGUCUGCAGUUCCGUCUGGAUAUAUUGCUGUGUAGUGGUGACCAGGAAGUCAUUCUGGAUAAUUACUUUCUGAAGCAUCUCCAGGCUGUCAGAGGUGGGGGAAGCAGUUGGAAACCACAGACAUACAGUGACCUAGACGGGUUACCAUGCAUCAUGGUGGUCAGUGGAAAACACACAUCUGGUGAAAAAUACCCCAGAUCUACUCGUUAUGUUGACCUUAGGCUUGUGAACCAUGGUCAGCUGAACCUAGCCAGUCUUGAAGAGGAAAUGGGAUUGGCCAAUCGUUACAUUAGUCCUGACCUCCUGAAGGAGGUCAUCACCGCAGCUGAAGACAGUGAUGAUGAAGAUGAGGAAGACGACGAUGACAACGAAGGCACUAUAGAUUAUGACAUUGCAACUCCACCAUCAAUUCCAAUUGAAGCAGCCCAGGAUGAUAUCAGUGUCAGCGUUGAGGGCAGCAAUCAGAUCAAGCCAGCAGAUACAACAGUACGCACGCCUGGAAAAGUUCCACAUAAUGAUAUCCCACAUUCCACUACCGUACAUCAAGCUCCAUCACCAGGCAGAUGCAAGAGCCCUCUAAGUUCUACGCAGGAGAUAGAAAGCUCAGAUGGAUCAUCCAUGGUCACCAACUGUGUGUCCUCGGCCUCCAGUCCUGUACCGCAUUUUAAAUCAAAAUCGGAGCCAGACGAGUCUAGGGAAGUUGGAAGAGAGAGCAACCAGGAAGAGGAAGGUGGGGUAGAAGAAAAGAAACCUGACAAGUUACCAACUGUAAUUGUUUCCAAGACAGUGUAUAACAAACUUGUCAAGGCUGAGGGUAUACCAUCAAUAUCAACAAUACUGCCUUCAGCUGAUACCUCCUGGACAAACAGUGUGAGACCACCAUUAGUGACUGAUACACCAGAAGCCAAGAGUGCUCAUUUCCGUAUGUGGACUGAACCUAACCCACAUUACUAUGACUUGGUAGAGCCAAAAAGUGCAACCAAGUUCCACCCACGACGAUUGUUACUUUAUGGUCCACCGCAGGUCGGUAAAACUGGAGUGUAUAUACAUUUUGCAAGGGUUCUGUCUCGAAUGCUUGUAAGAUUACAAGAAGUGGAGGUCCUCGACCAGGAGGAGAUAAAUGAGUCUGCUGGACAGACUACAACUUUUGAUCCAGUGUCGACAAGGUGGCCAGAGUUUGAGAAGCUCAGUCAGAUGCCUUUUGACCGCGACCUUCAUGCUGGACACUUGAAGUAUCAUAGUCCACUAUGGAAAAGAAAUGUUCAGUUUGUUGAUGGAGAUGCAUUUAACAAGGAAGUGAACACAACAUGUACCAUGCUUACAAAAUACAGCGCUCACAAUGCAUUUCAUCGAUGUGAGAAGUGUCAGCAGCAUAUUGAUGUGUCGGCAUCUGAGGUGAGGGAUACCAAGUCACAUGUAUUUAACUUCAAGUCAAGUGCAUUCACAGAUGAUUUUGAAAUGCAGUUUAUCAUUCCACCACAACAAGUUAAGCACUUCAUCUUCAAUGAACAGACAAGAAGACUUCAGAGUAUGAGGCUACCAACUGUAAAUGACAAGGGUGGUAACAUCAUAAAGACACCAAUAUUCACCCCAACAUUUGGGAGACCAGAGCAGGCGAUGGUGAACCUUGUGCACGCAAUGGACGAUGCGUCCUAUCUACAAGUGCUGGUCUGCAAACAGAAGGAUGUAAUGUUGUACGAGAAGCAGUGGCCGAACCGCAUCAUUCUUGUUUUACCUGCAUUUGCAAAUGAGACUGGUCCAGGUGCAGCUAAGUUCUUCAUUAAAGAGUUAGCAUUCUACAAUCUGCAGUUGGAAGUGUCACGACAGGAGGCCCUCGGUGUCCGUCGACAAGAUGUCUGGCCCUUCAUCAUCAUCAUGGAGGAUACAUGUGUCACAUGGCAUGCUCACAACUUGUUUGAGUCACAAGAAGAAACUUUGACAUCCUUGCGAAGUGUGCUACAGCAUAUUGAGGCAACCCCGAAGAUUCAGAGUUACGGAAUGCUGGGAGUGCGAGAGUGGAACUCGCGUUGGUCGCGAGAGCCACCGCAUGAACCAUUUUCAAACAGACAUCUUCACAACAUGGUGUUCAUCAAUGUUGACCUUACUCAAGGCUUGCAGUAUGAUCAGAACAGAUACUAUGACCAUGAUAUUGACUUCAGCAUGCAGGUAGGCAGUGUCGGACUUACCACAUGCUGCUUCAACCACAUAGGUGUCCUCAUCAAACAUUUGCCAGGCCCCCAUGAGGAGAAUGCCAUGCCAAAACCCAAACUCUCCGCACUUCCCCACAACUACAAGCUAGCUCGUCCCAUAUCGGUGAAUAACUUUGUGUGCACACCAGACAGUGAGGAGUUGAUUCCAUUGGUGAUGCGUCCACAGCUUCUUUUGGAGAGGUUCCUCAAGGAGGCUAGUGCCGAGAUGCUGUUCUUGUUGUCAGUGAAGAACCCAGAAAAUCCUGUCUUGUGUGUUGAUUGCUACCAUAAUCUUGGGUUGUCAAUAGCAGUUCAUUAUGUAAGCUCACGUAAUCCGUCUUCUGUUGAAGCCUCAAAGGGCAUUGAAUACAGUGGACUAGUCCUGUACAUGUGCAGCUCAUACGUCACUGCAGAUUUCCUUAAACAAUUCAAGUUUAUAAAUGGUGCAAAACUUUGUCUAAUAAGCCUGGACCGCAACACACUACGUCGUCUCGUCGUCAGAUUGGACCUCGAAGAUCAAUGGCAAUUCCGAUUGCGAGAUGAAUUCCAGACAGCGAAUGCACGUGAAGAUCGACCAAUCUUCCUACUUACAGGCAUACAUGCUGAUUAAAUUAGUUGAGGUUGGAUGUUAUACAAAAUGAGGCUGAGAUGAAGCUAAUUUGCAUAUAUGCAGCGUAAUCUUGAUAUAUAUUUCCUGGUGAAUUACAAGCUAAUAACCAGCAACAGCAUUUGUAGACUGUCUAAUGUGUUUGACUGUUCACUUGCUUAUUCUUGUUUCAAAUAUCUUGUUAUCUUGCAGUUGUUAAUUGGAAAACCUGUGAAGAUUCAAAAAUAUCUAAUUUGCAUAUCAGGAAUUUGAUCACUUAGUAAUAACAUCCAGCAAUUCCAUCAAUUUCUGCUAAACCUAAGCCAUGCAACGAGCAAAGGGGGAAGUUAUUCUGUACAUGCUGAGGUUGAAUGCCUCUUAAAAUCUUGUCACAACUUUUUGGUGACAACAUUUUAAAAUAUAUAACUGACAAAAAAAUUUUUUGAUAACAUCAAUGCUGGGCUGUACUUGUUGUUUCAGUUGAUUUUGACAUUGGAAUUUCAGCAAAUGUAAUGUUUAACAGAUUGGAAAUUGCUCCAUGAACAUUUCAACUGACAAAUCACUGCUGUUGGUGAUUUGUAUAUCUGGCUGCUUGGACAAUGAUGACCCUUCUUGGUAUUGCUUAAUUUCUUUGGAGACAGAGUAUUAUUAGUAUUAUUAUUAGCUUUGCAUAUUUAUUUACAUUCAUGCUUUCGAUAAGAUUAAUUUGCAUACAGGUGUGCUUACCUGUGCAAUAUGUGUGUUACACAUUUAUGCUGUAUUGUGUGAGGGUGUUAUAUUGCAGCUGACUGCCUCUGUGUGAUAGGGCAUCUGCACACAUGCAACAAUGGGAUAAUAACAGUAGUGUUACUCCUUCCAUUACAUGAUGCAUAAUCAUCUGCCUCUUUGUGAGGGCGCUAUAUUGCAGCUGACUUCCCCCAUGUGGUGGGGUAUCAACACACAUGCAACAAUAACAUAAUAUAGCAUUAUACAUAGUGCAUAAUACAUUCAACAUUUAUUCACACUUAAAAGUCAGUGUGUAAAUACAUUUAUAUAUAUAUUUAUAUAAACUAUCUCUUUAAAAUAUUAUACUAAAACAUGUUUGAGUCGAUUGAAGUUUUUAUUGUAAAUAGAUGUACAAUAUGUGAUAACCCACCCUCCAGCCUGGUAAUGUUAAAAUGUGUCUAUUUUUCUUAGCUUUAACUGUUGGUGCUAUAUAUUGAGUGAAUUUAACUUUUGUUUUCCACUUAUUAGAAGCUUGGUAUAUAUGAACAAAACUCAAAAGUAUGUUGUAAUUGGAUUUUACAAACAAGUUGUAACAAAAAUGGUUUGUUUUGGAAAAUGUAAUAAAUCUUUUGAAACAUGUUAUUAAGCUUUGGAAACAUUGUUACCCAAACCUUAACAUUUGGAAAUGUUAGGAAAACAUUUUUGGGGGAAACUGAGAUGAAUGUAUCCAGUGAUAAACAUUGCCUUAUUUAUCUUCAAUACCAAUGUGGGGUUGACAUAAUUAUAUCAAAAUGCUUAAUAUUAUUAAACUGGAUUAUUAAAAAAAUGUAUUUUUUAAAUUAUGAAUUUUGAUUGCAGGAACUAUUGGUAGUUAAGGUUCAUAAAAUUUACAUUCCUUAUUACGUUAUGACAUCAGUAGAUCAAUAAAAUCUGGUAGUUGAAUUCCAAAAUUUUUAAAUUUGUCAUGUAUACACUGGAUAUUUAAAAUGAUGUGCCCAUAAGCACAAUGAAUAACAUGUAUGAAAAAACAAUUUUUUAAAAACAGCCCACCUGUAUUGGUAUUGGUGUCGGAUAUUUUGUUCAAGUGUCUAUUUCGUGAAUACUUAACUGGAUAAACCAACUAAUUGACAUUUAGGCGUCUCGUUUGAGACUCCUUCUUGGGGUGGUUUGUGGGGGGGGCCUGUGGGGGCCGCCAGCUCCUGCGCGUCCCGCUCAUCCUGACGCCUAAAUGGCAAUUAGUCAGUUUAUCCAGGUCAGUAUCUCACUCAUAGACUACCAACAUUAUGAUUGAUUUGUGUACUUUGAAUCAUGAAAACAUGAACAUUUUAAAGGAAUAAAGCAAUAGAUACAAUAAUUGUUUUUUUUUUUUUUUGCCUUUUAGAUUCUAUUACAUCAAAAAAUAUUAAGGAUUUGAAAAGAAUUCAUGUAAUGUAAUUUGACUUGAAUUUCGAUAUGAAUAGAAUUAAAUUAUCUAUAAAUAAUUUUUUACGAUUAAUCGCAUGUGGGUGGUCGGCUAGGGCAAGUUAGUCCAGACAAGAUUUGUUUCCAAAUAUAUUAACAUUGUCUUUUAUUAUUAUCAUAUGUAUUAUAUUGGAUAAACAGUUGUUGGGAUGUGCUUAUGAAUCAUGUUUAAGAUUAUAAUAAUCUGGAUGGUUGCCCUGAGCCAGUUGUGUCAGGAUUUGAUUGCCUGAAUAUUGUGAUCUGGACAUUAGAAAAUUAUAUUGUGGAAUCUUACGUUACACCAAUAGUUUCACUUUGGUUUUAUUUACCUCAGAAUGGAUUUGGACAUUAAAAGAUCUAAUAAUAAACACAUGAUUUAUUAAUUAAUAAGUAAAUUAUUUAUCUUUUUAGCCUAGCUUGAAUAGAUUCAUCUUAGUAAAGUUAGUACAAAUUUAUAAUGUCCAUUUAUUUACAAUGUAAUAUAUUUUUGAAAGAAUUUUGAUACGGGUAAAAUUAUCAAAUUAGAUAUGGUUGUUGUGUGGACACUUGCUCAUUUUGUUAUACACAUUAUUCCACAAUUAACCAUUUAAUGUUGUGCUUUCCUAAAUAACUCUUUCGUUUUUGUUCUUCCAGGGUGUAAAUUUUUACAUUAUAAAUGAAUGAAUGAAUUACAGAUUUUUUACACUGACUUGCACCUUUUUAUAUCAACUACUCUAUUAGGCAAAUGGAGUAGGUAUGUUUCAAUAAACUACUAUAUCAACUUUUAUUGUUGGAGAAACCAAGGAAUAAUCUCUGUUGUUAAUUGGUCAUUAUACCUGGACAAGUUCACAACAUUUUUAUUAUGUAGAAAUUCAGACAACUGGUGUAUUUUCUGUAAUAAUAAUAUGUUUGUGAUUUCAGUUUUUAUAUGUGUUUUUUUUUUGUUGAAAAUCCUGUCACCUUUUUAUAUGAAUAUGUUUUUAAGUAAGCCUUGAAAACAUGCUUUUAAAUGAUACAUUUAUUUUGCACAGUCUUCUAGAUUCAUAUACAAAAGUAUUAUAUAAUAUUGUUGUCAUGCUGUAAACAUUUUGCAGGUAAAAGUAAUAUGUAUGAUGUGUGUGUAUGCAAGUUGGUGCUAGAAUGAACAAUAUACAUAAAUUUACAGAUAUAGAAUGAUCGAAAAGUGACCAAACUGUAUGUUAGAUAUAGAUAUUAGUACAUUUAAGUUGUACAUCAGACAAUUUUUUCUCUUUGUUCUAUUUUAUCCAUUGAUAAAAUAUGAAUUAAUCGUUUUUGGUUUUUUUUUGUAAGGUCACCACGAUCAAAGAUAUCAGUAUUAAGUAAAACUGUUUGGCUAAUAUUAUCAUAAAACAAAAAUGAGUGUAUUUUAUAACCAGUUUGUUUAAAAUGUAUAAUAAUGGUUUGUGCAUACGUGUAUACCCUGCGCAUAAAAAAAUGUGAUUUAAUUAUGACAGAAAUUGUAUUCGCUGUCACAUUUAACCACUUGGCGUAAAAAUGUAUGCAUUGGAUUAAAUCUGAUAGCAAUUUAAAUAUGAUUUUGUUGUAUGUAAACAAGGUCAUGUGUACAGUUUGUUUGUUCAAGGUCAUCCUCACAAGGAAAGCUGCAUAUUUGUAUGGUUUUGCAAUUUAAAUAAUUGCUAUGUGGGGUUAUACAGCCUAUUGUACUUGUGUAUUUAUUCUAAAGGAAAGGUAAAUUUUUAAUUAUGAAAAAUAGGAAAUCUCAUUUGGGUACAGUUGUUUAUUGGACAAAUUUUCUAUUUGACAAUCAAUUUACUGUCUUGAGAAGACUUAAAUCCUUUAUAUUUCAUCACACAAAUACAGCUCAUAUUUUUUUUUACAAAAGGAAUAUCAAGUUAAUGAAAAGUUUCAUAAGAUGUUGGGGUAUUUUUCUUGACUACUACUGUGUAUUACUGCAUUGAGGGCAGUAUUAAUCUCGUUCAAGUGUUUUCUAUGAAUUUUUUACUGCUAUCAUGUCUUGUAAAUAUAAAGCAUUACAAAAAUACACCCUCAAGUAUUUAAGAAUCUGCGAGCAUUGUGUGCAGCUGAAAAUUUGUUUUGUUGUUUCAAUAAUAUGGUCAAUUUAAAAUUCAUGUAUGAAUGGUGAAUAAAGCAAUUAUACAAGUGUAUAAACAGGGUAAAAUAUGAUGCAAAGCCUUGUCUGAUGUGAGUGUAUGGCGAAAAAAAGCUGUCUGCCUUUUUUUUUUGUGAAAAGUUUUUUUUCUUGGUGCAUAUAAAUAUAUUUCGAAUAUUAGGCAGCAUUUUGCACAUUCUUUUAAUUCCGAGUGUGACGUAGUAUUGUUACAGGAUUUAAGACAGCCAUGUUGCAUAAUCUUGAAUAGCUGUUAAUGGAGGUGUGCAACAAUCAUACAAGCCAGCUAUUAGCUUUAAUGAAUUUGCUUCAAAAUAGGUCUCCCUCCAAUUAAAGACCACUUAUGGGACUGGGAUUUCCGUGGUCUUUAGAAGCUUUGGUUUCUAAUUAGAAUAAUAAAAAUAAGACAUUUGUUAAUUUUGGACCACAGAAAUUAGGUCUUUAAUUGGAGGUGGUCUAUUAUUGGAGGGGUCUUUAAUUAGAGGAAGACUUGUAUACUGUACACACUUUAACUUAACCACUUUGAAUGUGGAUGUUCCAAAAGUAUGACCAUACAGUAUUACAAUACAGUAUUUGGGAAAUAUUUUUGAUUAUAAACAAAUGGACAAAACCGGUGUGAUUUGACACUUCUCCAAAUAUACAUGAAUAUGUGAAGAAACUAAUAAAGAACAAAGCUGCCAUUAUGCUAACAUU